AAUUACAUUACACAAAUAAAAAAAAUAACAAUUUCCCCCAAUUGUCUCUCAACUGCGCCUGAGCUGCACAGUUGCGGAUAACGACAAGCAAACUAACCGACACUUCUCUGACGUGCGCCGGGGCCUGCUUCGCCUGCGCCGCCGGCGGUGCUGCUUCUGCCUCAAGAUGAGUAGAUCGCUAGCCGCCGCUGUCUUACUGGCAGUGGUACUCGCCGCCGCCGCGGUGUCUGAGGAUUCCAAGCUGGCCGCGGAGGGAGACGUCGCCGCUGCCACCUUCUCCAAUGCCACCAUUACUGGGAAUAAGACCAGUCCGAAGGAGGACACGUUUGCUGAUAUGAUCGACCGUGCGCUCCAGAAGGAAUUCACGGAGAAUGAGGAUCAUAAUGAAGAAAACGAUGCUGGUAGCUUCAACAACACUGUGGCUGAGCAACAGGCUGUUUUGGAAACAGUAGCUAGAGUGAAGCCAAAGAAAAAUGAAACAAAAGAAGAAAAAUCCUUUAAAUUUAAUAAAGUUUUCAACCUGGAUAAUGACAAUGGAGCUGAAGAGACCCCAACAUUAAUCGAUAGAAAGGAUAAUGUAUUUAUCAUAUCAAAUUUCAAAUCCAAAUACCCUGUGCUGCAGUUAGACUUGAGGCUCAUAUCAGACCUAGUUGUCGUCUUGUCUCUGCAACUUGUGGUGCUUACUGGAUACUUAUUAGCAGGAUCACUUGUUGACCUGGAGGUCUGA